UCACUGCUCUCAGCACGAGUCCUCCGGGCUCCUUCUGGGAGGGUUCCGUUUUAUAAUGAAGAACAGAAGGUGCUCUGUAGAAAACUCACAUUGCCACAGCACCAGGUCGCCGGCGACUGCCUUGUCCGUUCUCUCUGGACAACCGAACUUGGUUUCUGCCACCUCCUUGCUGUGGGUCUGGAGAGCGAAUCAGCUGUGCACAUGCGUGUAGCACCCUGAGCAGGCUUGGGGACUUGCAGCGGGGGAGUGCCUCCGGCCCCCGGCGAGGAGAGGCCAUUCCCUGCCUUGCACGAGCAGCCCCUCGCCUCCAACCUCCAACCUCCAGCCAUUCAGGUAAGCGGCUCUCCUGGGGCUCCUGGCAGGGUGGUCCCAGCACGUCCAGGGAUGCUGGGCAGCUAUCCCGAACAGCACCCCGCCACGGAGAGCACGCCACGUCCUCGGAGGCGGUCUGUAGAAAUCUUUUAGAAGCAGUUUUGUAAAGAAGGGGGGAGAAAAUGAAAAGCGAAAACAUCAGUGACACAUUUCUACCCCCUCCCCUUCCCCGGGGUGAUUUCCAAAAGCAAUGCAGACUGGAAUGAACUAGAAACAUAAUCCAGAGGUGGGGGAAAGGGAAGGAUCCUAGAUUCCUACAGGUCUCAAAGCAUGUGGACUGGAUGUGGAAGGGGUCCUGGAGAUUGGAAACUCAGCUAAAUUUGGGAACAGGGCUCAGACGGAGUGGCAAAGGCAGGCUUGCUGCCCUGGGGCUGGAGGACAGCCAGGAAGCAGGGUUGCAAUCUCAUCCCGGUCUGGAAGAGAGUCAAAGCCUACAUUAUGCGUCGCACCCAUUUUCCCUAUCUUUUUUCUUUUCUUUUUUUUUUUUUAAGAUUUUAUUUAUUUAUUUGAGAGACAGAGAAUGAGAGACAGAGAGCAUGAGAGGGAGGAGGGUCAGAGGGAGAAGCAGACUCCCCACUGAGCAGGGAGCCCGAUGCGGGACUCGAUCCCGGGACUCCAGGAUCAUGACCUGAGCCGAAGGCAGUCGCUUGACCAACUGAGCCACCCAGGCGCCCCUUCCCUAUCUUUUUUCUAAAAGCUGAGGUCCAGUUGACCGAUAACAUUGUCUAAGUUUGACGGACACACGUGUGCCUUUGGUAUAUGGGCCAAUUGCUCUGUGAUUACGACACGGGCCCUAGCUAACACCUUCCGGACGUCACAGAGUUACCAUUCCUUUUUUCGCUUUGAAAAAGAUUAAGAUCUGCUCUGUUAGCCACUUUGAGCACUGUUGAGGAUGAGCGCUCUGUUGUGCAGUCGGUCGCCGGAACUUAAUCCUCUUCUCGUUGUAAGUUUGUCCCUUAAACCUCACCUCUCCAGCGCCCUCCCAACCCCAGCCCCUAGGAACCACCAUGCUGCUCUCUGCUUUUCUCCCCGCUUGUAUUUUCUUAAAGUUUUCUCUGCUAACAGGAAGCCAAUCUGAAGGAAAGUAUGCAGCAUUCUAUAAACUGCUGAGGUCAUUGAAGCUCAUUGCAUUACAUAGAGGUCACUCCCUUUACGUAGCUAAAUAUCUAGAGCAUAUCCUUUAGAAGAUAGGCCAAAGAUUUGGUGUAAGGAAACCUCAUAUGAGUUUUCAAUUACGAUUGUCAGAUAAAGAGUCUCAACCGUAACCAGAUAUGACAGAUAUAACCAGCCACCUUCCCCAGAAAAGUCAGAAGCAUCCCCUAAUAGGUUUUUUUCUGGCAAAAAACCAAAAUUUUAGGUAUAACUAGAUAAAAUUCCUGUCUCAGCGGCACAUAAUGGCCAUGUCUACUUUAUCCUAUAGCAUAUAUUUUAUAUUUUUAUGUAGUACAUACAUAUUAUACAUUACCAUAUAAUAAUGUAUAGUAUGUGUAUAUAUAUUACCAUAUAAUGUAUAAAUAAUAUAGUAUGUAAUUUAUAAAUAUACAUGAAUAAAAAUAUUUAUACAGACCCCCUAAGAGGUCAUGAUUUAAGAUGUGUAGCCCAAAGUCGUGCACUGGACCAAACUAAAGGUAGGUUGCACGUGGAUAGUAUGAAAAGAAAGCAUUUCCAGCUUCCCUCCUCUGCUCAUUCUGAGACACGCUGUUCGAAACCCUCUACCUGUAAAAGCAAAUCAGGCACACAGAAUCCCCGACACCUUAGCUGUCCGUCAGAGGAGUGGAGUGGCUUCAUGAACAACGCACACCCUGCGCGCUUCCGACUCUAGGACAUUCUGGAAAGGGCAAACUUAUGGAGACAAUAAAAGGUCAGUGGUUGCUGGGGUUGGGGGCGGGGAGGGAUGAACAGGUGCAGCCUGUUCAUGCUGCCUGAAAUCUGCAUCCUGGCCCCCGAGGAAGGAACAUGCUCCCUAGUGAAUAGAAAACAAACAAGCAAACAAAUAUGACAUAAAGGUAGAGUGGGGAUUUUUAGGGCUAUGAAACCAGUCUGUAGGAUACUAUAACGGUGGAUCCAUGUCGUUAUACAUUUGUCCAAACCCAUAGAAUGAGCACCACGAAGAGUGAGCCUCGAUGUAAACCAAACACUUUGGAUGGUAGAGAAAACACAUAGCUACUAUCACGAGGCGUAACAUCACGCACCCUCCAGAAGCAAAAUAAAAACGUGCACGGAGCUGGGUGGCUCACGCCUCACGAAAAUCCUUCCUGGAAAUAAGUGAAGUGAAUAAACAGCGAUGGCCUGAUGCUAGACCUUGCCCAGUGGUGGAACCCACCAGCCUUUAUCGAAUCUGAAAACUUCCCUACGAUGGAUGCAGUCUCCGGUUCAUUGCCCUGUCCUUCCACUGAGAUGAAUGCCGUGUGCGAAGGUGUGAGAAAUCACCUGAGAUGGCCAGGGAGCUUGCAAAGAACCCCUUAUCACCUGUGAGCAAGGACUGACAUCCACAGAACAUGAAGGACACAGAAAGGAAAUAAAAGGCAGGAGAGAACAUGUUACCUCGGGAGCACUCUUGGAGCUGGCUGACUGUGACAGUCGGCGUGCUUCUGGGUGUGAGGCCAUCAGCUUGUGGGGAUUUAUCUGGUGCACGUCCAAACAUCCUUCUUCUGAUGGCGGACGAUUUUGGCAUUGGCGACAUUGGCUGCUAUGGCAACAACAGCAUCAGGACUCCAAAUAUUGACCGCCUUGCAGAGGAUGGUGUGAUGCUCACACAGCAUGUGGCAGCUGCAUCAGUGUGCACCCCAAGCAGGGCUGCUUUCCUAACAGGCAGAUACCCUCUCCGAUCAGGUAUGGUUUCCAGCAAUGGUUAUCGUGUUCUUCAGUGGACCGGAGUAUCUGGAGGGCUCCCAACCAAUGAGACAACUUUUGCAAAAAUAUUAAAAGACAAAGGAUAUGCCACUGGGCUAAUAGGAAAAUGGCAUCUGGGUCUCAACUGUGAAUCUUCCAACGAUCAUUGCCACCACCCGCUCAACCACGGAUUCGACCAUUUCUAUGGAAUGCCCUUUUCCAUGAUGGGAGAUUGCAUCCACUGGGAACUGUCAGAGAAGCGUGCAGGCAUGGAGCACAAACUGAAUGUCUGCUUCCAAAUCAUGGCCUUCACUGCCCUCACACUCACCACUGGGAAACUCACCCACCUGACAUCGGGCUCCUGGACUCCGGUCAUCUGGUCGACCAUUGCAGCCAUCUUGCUCUUCAUGACCUCCUAUUUCAUGGGGGUCUUGAUUGUUCACGCAGACUGCUUUCUGAUGAGAAACCACACCAUCACUGAGCAGCCCAUGCACUUUCAAAGGACGACGUCUCUUAUUCUCAAAGAGGCCUCGUCCUUUGUCCAAAGGAACAAGCACAGACCUUUCCUCCUCUUUGUCUCCUUUCUACACGUGCACACCCCUCUGAUCACGACAGAGACAUUCCACGGGAAGAGCAUGCAUGGGCUGUAUGGGGAUAACACGGAAGAGAUGGACUGGAUGCUGGGGCAGAUCCUUGCUACUUUGGAUAUGGAAGGUUUGACUAACAGCACCCUUGUUUAUUUUACAUCGGAUCAUGGGGGAUCUUUAGAGGCUCAACUCAGAAACAACCAGUAUGGCGGCUGGAAUGGAAUCUACAAAGGUGGCAAAGGGAUGGGGGGCUGGGAAGGUGGGAUCCGCGUCCCAGGGAUCUUCCGGUGGCCUGGGGUGCUGCCAGCCGGCCGAGUGAUCCACGAGCCCACCAGCCUGAUGGAUGUUUUCCCCACCGUGGUCCAGCUGGGGGGCGGUGAGGUGCCCCAGGACAGGGUGAUUGAUGGCCGGGACCUGCUGCCCUUGCUGCUGGGGACAGCACAGCACUCUGACCACGAGUUCCUGCUGCAUUACUGUGAGAAUUUCCUGCACGCAGUCCGCUGGCUCCAACGGGACGGAGGAAGACUAUGGAAAGUCCACUACACGACCCCAGUGUUCCACCCAGAGGGAGCCGGCGCCUGCUACGGGAGAGGGGUCUGCCCGUGCUCCGGGGACCAAGUGGCCCAUCACAACCCACCUUUGCUCUUCGACCUGUCCAAAGACCCUUCCGAAGCCCACGCCCUCACCCCGGACACGGAGCCCUUGUUCUAUCAGGUGAUGGACACGGUCGCAUGGGCCGUGGAGGAGCAUCGCCAGACGCUCAGCCCGGUUCCUCUGCAGCUGGACACGUGGGGCAACAUCUGGAGACCUUGGCUCCAGCCCUGCUGCGGCCGGUUCCCCCUCUGCUGGUGUGAUUGGGAGGGAGACCCAGAAUCACUGACUGCCAGGGAGAGCUAGCUCCUUCCCUGAUCCCCGCACUUCUGGUCGAAAUACAACUCCCCGGUGAA